UCGUAAUGGGGCAACCGGGCUGGAGCAAUGACCGCUCCUGGAAAGGAAAAUCUGAUUUGCAUGUGGGGCUGGGGCCUGACGUCAGCCGGAGCAGGAAGCAGCCUCGGAGCCCGCCGGGGAUCGGCGGCAGUGCCGCGGGCUCUCUCGCCGGCAGCGAGCGCGCCGGCCGGGCUGGGACAGGCUGUGAGGGCAGCCCCGGAGAAGAGCAGGCUCGGGGGAACGGAGGAGAGGCCGGAGAGCUGCCCGUGGCCCGGCGCGCAGCAUGCGCUGCUGAUGGCCGCGGCGGGGACCUGGGGCUGUCCGGACCGGGAGCGGGACCGCGCGGGCAUGGCCCUGCAGCAGCCAGCCCUCGCCCCCAGGGCCGGCCCGGCCCCGGCGCUCUACAUCCACAGCAUGCCCGCCUGGGUGCUGGAGGACUUCUGCCAGAAGAUGGACUGCCUGAGCGACUACGACUGGAUGCGAUUCGCCUCCUAUGUGAUCACUGAUCAAACAGAGCUACGGAAAAUCAAGUGCAUGGAGAAGACAGGGAUCAGCAUCACGAGGGAGCUCAUGUGGUGGUGGGGAGUGAGGCUGGCGACAGUGCAGCAGCUCCUGGACCUGCUGCAAGGGCUGCAGCUUUACCGAGCAGCUCAGGUCAUCCUGGACUGGACAUCAGCCUCUAGCAUCACCAGCCCUGAGAAAGAAGAGCCAGAGCCACCCAAACAGAUCAUGUCUGUCCCUCCCACAGAAGGCAAAAGGAGAGACAAAGAAAAUGCCCUAAGUUUGUUGCCAUGCCCAGACUCCUCACACCUGGGAGCAGUGCCAUCAGGCAUUUCAGGUGCUGCUUCUGAAGGAGCCUUGUAUUCCCUCCCUGCUCCACCACCUCCCCCGAGAGAGCUUUUGAAUUCCCUACAGUCCAAUCCUCCUGUUUUAUCGAGUGUGAAGCCCUGCAGCUCCUCUGCUCCUCAGCAGGAGACGAUGGCUGACCUCCCUAGCGGGAGUCUCCUGUGGACCCAGAGGGAAAUUGCCAAUGCCACCAACAGCUUCAGUGACAAGAACAGAAUCUGUGAAGGCACUUUCGCAGAUGUCUACAAAGGUCAGAGGAACAACAUGGUGUUUGUCAUCAAAAGACUCAAAGAGCUGGAAUGCACGAGCCCAGAUUCCACCCAGAGGUUCUUUCAUACAGAGGUGCAGAUUUGCUUUCGGUGCUGUCACAUAAACAUUCUGCAGCUGCUGGGCUUCUCGGUGGAAACUGGAUCACACUGUCUGAUAUAUCCCUACUUGCCCAAUGGCUCCCUGCAAAACAAGCUGCAGUGCCACGAUGAUUCUGCUCCGCUGACCUGGGAGAUGCGAAUUAGCAUUUCUUUAGGAGUUGUCAGAGCAGUGGAGUAUUUGCAUAAUUUUGGAAUUCUUCAUGGGAACAUCAAGAGCUCAAAUGUGCUGUUGGAUGAAAACUUUACACCAAAGCUUGGGCAUUCUGGACUGCGGCUGCAUUCUUCUGAUAAAAAAUCAGAAUAUGCCGUGAUGAAAACCAAAGUCCUGCAAGCUUCUCUUACUUACCUGCCAGAAGAUUUUGUCAGACAUGGGCAGUUAACAGAAAAAGUGGAUAUAUUCAGCUGUGGUGUGGUCUUAGCAGAGGUACUGACUGGGAUGAAGGCACUGGAUGAAGACAGACACCUGAUUUACCUGAAAGAUAUGAUUGCCGACGAAAUUCAAACAGCAAAAGAAAGCUCAGACUCCAAAGGAAAAAAUUUGGAAAAACUGGCUGCCAAGGAAAUCUGCUGCAAAUACCUAGACAGAAAAGCAGGGCACUUGCUGGAAGAGGUGGCUGUUGAUUUUGCAUCAGCCAGCUGCCUUUGCCUGAGAAAGAAGAAUUCAAACAUAGCAGAGGUACGUGAAAUUUUGGAAAUGGCUGCAAACAAAUUAAAGGAGCAUUACAUCUGCGGAAGCAGCACUUGUGGGUUCUCCAUGAACACUCCGGAGGAAACGGACGAUGAGACAGCCAGCGUGAGCGUGGAUGUGCCCCCGGCAGCGGCCGUGGGGAGCAGCGCCAGCCCCUGCGCGCCCGCCGUGCCCGACACCUGCGGCACCUGCGCGUCACGGGUGCCCUGCGAGUCAGACGAGUCCAGCAGCUUCAUGUGGAAUCCCCCAGAAAAACCCUCCGAGGAGUCAGCUGGCCACAAGUGCGCCAGCCCAGAAGAAGGGUCGGGCUGUGGUGACAGGGCCAGGCAGGGGAAGCCUGCCCAGGGACUGCAGGAGAGAAGGCUGGCGAGCGCCAGAGGCGAUGGCGCCCUGCAGACAGCAGCUGCUGCACAGGGCCCCUGUGUGCAGGGAGACACAGACCCGGACUCCUCGUGUGCUCCACAAGCUUCAGCCAGAGAGACAUCUUGGAAAAUACAGAUAAAUGAUCAAAAAAAGAAGCUCAUGGAAAAUAUUUUGCUGUAUGAAGAGGACAAGUUAAACAGUUCUGAACUUUUUGAAUCAUAAAUUGGAUGGAUUAAUUAGCAGUGGCCAGCUCAGAAGAAGCUCAGAAUGUGUCCUCAUUAGAAGGACGGUAAAAGUGCACCUUUCACGUAAGAUUAGGUAGCAGGUUUCGCUCAGCAACACUGGCCCUGACUGAAGGAAACAAGAAGUACCACAUAGAGAAGCACCAGAAAAUAACUGUUCUAUAGCAGAUUAAAGCACAGUCCCACUUUCCAUCUGCAAUGUGAAAAGGAAUGGCAAACGCAAGUGCCAUAAUAAUUUGUGAUUGAUUUGCAGUGUGUUUCAGGAAGCGUCUGUCGGUGUCCUUAAGCCGCAGUCCCAGGAGCUGCAGAGCAACGCUGAGCAGUGGCAGGCAGCCGUGCCCUGAGCUCUUUGCCCAGACAGGAAUCCUUUGCCAGUGGCAAACCUCUCUCUGUUCCGUACAGUCUUAGUCCACACACCCAGAACCACUGCAUGACCUGAGAGGGGUUUCUGUGCAAGUUCUCAGAAUGUUGUGCAGCUUCACCUCAGUGUGAACUGCACUGACCACAGGUGUAGGUAAUUAACUUCAGCCACUUUCCUCCACUCUCUGAGCUUCCCUCCACAUACACGUGACACCACUGAAGUCCAGCCUUUCGGUUCACUGUUGGGAGCUCUGAGACCAUGUUUAAUACUUCAUAGGAGUAUUUUUGGGAAUUAUUUUUUUCUAAGUGUCCUUUACAUGGAAAUGUUUCUCAUUGUGUUUCACAUGGUAACUGUUGUAUAUUUUAGAUUAGGGAAAAGAUUUUAAUUUAAAAUAGCUUUGAUUUUUUAUAGGACACUUGAAACAUAAUUUUUUGUAUUUAUUUUGGCAAUGGGUCAAAUAUAAGCUAAUAAGAGGACUUGUUGAUGGUUCCACACUCACCAGGCAUUCUCAGAGGAAUCCUUGUGGGUGUCCCUUAGUUGGAGCCUCACUCUCAGGCCCAGGGAUCACAUGCAAAAGAAAAACUAGAAACUUGUAUGCUGGUGUAUUUAUGAUCAAGUGAAAGCCCCCUUAAGAAAGCAUCACUUUUGUUUUUAUGAUAUUUAUUAUUUUUAUUAUUGCUAGCAUAUUCCACUUGUGUGCAGUCUAGGGAAAAACAAGUUUAUGAGGGACCAAAAGAAGCUCUGUCUACAGACAGGUGAGCUGCCUCCUGAGCAUGGGGAACAGGGCCUGAUGUGCAGAAAGGGCUGCAAGUCACAGUGCAGUUUAGGGAACAAAAAUAAAAUUAAUUCUAUGUAAUUAUUUUCAGUGGAAUUGUGUACUAGUAUAUAUUCCUAGCUUUAUAUAAAGGCUUCACCCCUUCUAUUUUUGUAGAGUACAUAGUUCAUUGUAUGUAUUAUUAUGAGGAAGUAUUUUAGCUGAAGACCUGAGUACUGGAGUUAUCUACACAUUUCUCAAGUUAUUCUCUACACUAAAAACUGGUAAAAUUCCUUAAUUAUAAGUGCCUUGGCUACUGUCUUUAUAUUGACAUGUGUUUUUUUAUUUUACCAGAAUCAAACCAAGAUAAGAUUAGUACUGACAUAAGAAACAUUGUAUACUCAGACUGGUCAAUAACUACUUAAUUCUACAGAUUUUUCAAGAUACUUUAUGGCACUGAAAAUGUAAUAUUCAUUGUUUUUCACUGGUAUAUUCUGGGAGACCCGUGGUAAAAUGCUUGUGUCUUCUCCAGAAAGGAAUGCACAUGGCUAUGCUCCAGAAAUGGCAAACCCGAGAGUUUAAACUGAGAAAUGUAGUUUGUGCAUAGUUCUGUUUCAGGGAAGUGCUUUAGAGGUUUUGUUCUCCUGUAGUCACCAGAUGGAAUUGUUAUUCUUUGUCUUGUACCCUGAUAGUUUUAAAACAUUCUGAGGUGAUUUAGGUAGUCUUACAGAUUACCUAAGUAUUUAGUAUGGCACAUAUAAGACACUGUGUGGUCUUACCUUAACACUGUUAUGUAACUUGGCAGUUCACAAGAGUUUAUGCAUUACCAUUUACUAAUAGCUUUUUGAAUAAAAAACCUGAAAAAUU